UUGUAUUGUCUUAUCGUGCGGAAGUUGUUGACAAGUGCUUGCCUUCUUUAUGUCUGGGGUUUUAUAGUUCAAUAUAUUUCUUUAUUACUUUGGGAUAUUGAGAAGUAACUUUUACUAUCAUGAGGCCAGGGGAGAAUCAUUCCAAAAAAGCAAGAAUAGUGUCUGACACGAAUGUUGAAGCUUGUCAAAACUGCACGGUGCUUCACCAGACCUUAAAAGAAUAUGUGGAAGCUCUUCUGGUAUUGAAACAGAAUAUAAUUGACUCCGAUCAGUUGCUGACUGAAUAUCAAGGGAAGUGUAAUGAGCUCCAGAGUUCCCAGAGGGAAACAAGCAAGCUGCGUCUGCAACUCAAUGAACUGCAGUUGAAAGUUGCUCCUCUUGAAAAGCAACAUGCUGAGUACGAAGCAAUGCGGGCAGAGCUGGAGACUAAGAAGAGCUCUGAGACAUUGUCCCAGUGUCUUUCUGAGGAGGUGGCGAGGCUGAAGGAGCAGAACAGCAAAACCGAGACUAUAAAGAAGAGACUUGAAGACCAGCUGAAGACGGCGGCAGAUAACUCGGAGCAGCAGAACCUUGAGAAUGUCCAGCUUAAACAGGAGAACACCGCACUAGAAAAAGAUCUGCUGAAGACACAGAGUCUUAUUUCUGUCUGUCAGACAUCGUUGAAAACUUGUCAGAAGAUAGCGGAGGAAGUUCAGCAUUUGAAGGAGGAGAAUGCCAGGAUGUCUGUUCUAAAGCACAACCUAGAAAAACAGCUGAAAGCAUUUGAAGAUUGUAAAGUGAAGCAGGACCAUGUCAUUACCGAACUGAAAACACAGAAUUCUCUUCUGGAGCAAAACCUACUACAUCUUCAGGAACAACUAGAGAAAAUGGAGAAAGACAAGAACAAAGAACUAAAUAGUAUUUCAACUCAAGCAGCAUCACCUGAAGAACCAGCGUUUGAUAAAGAGAAGGCCCGGAGGCUACUAGAGGAGCUGUGGAUGUGUGUCAACCCUCCGUCGUCACACCUCGCUGGUUUAGAACACACUAAGAUGACAUCACGCCUUCCUGAGAACAGCGACAAUGUAUGUCCUACCGGUGGAUUCUUCCCUUCUGUGAAUGGUGAUUGGUCAGAUCCUCCUGCCCCGAGGGACCACCUUGUACAGUCCAGCCCGCCAACCUCUGCCUCCCUCAGGCCCCUCCCACAGAACACCAGAGAAUCGCUACAGGACCCCAAGAAGAAAACGGAGAGGCCUGCCAGGAAGAGAAAGCAGCCCGGUGACAAGAACUGCUUAGAAAUUGAGGAGAUCAUGGAUUGGUUCAAGCCCCUGCCCCCUGUCCUCUCCCCCAUGCCUGGCUCCUCAGCUCAUGGGGGUUUGGAUUCUGACUUGGAGUCAGGAGCUGGAGAAAAUAGAUUUGCAGUAGAGGAUGGAAACUGCUCCAAUGUCUCCACCAUGGUGUGCUCUUCUGUUACACAUCCUGUCAGAGACCCUGAACUACCCAAUCAGUCGGCAAGACAGCCUGCACCAACAAAUCAGAAAAUCCUUAGGCUGGAAGAUGCAGCCAGUCAGAUUGUUUGUGGGCUGACAGGACAACAGCUUGGAAACUCCUCAGAUGAACGAUCAUCAAGCAGAAGUCCCAGGCAACCCCCCGUCUCUGACAUACCUCAUUCUACUUGUAUGGAAAGCCCUAGUUCAGCCACAGAGACUUCAGUGCAGAGAAAGAUCAGAGUCUGUGACAGUGAAGAAAAGAAAGGAGACGCCUUUACCCAAGUCAGAGACUGUCUAAUAAACUCAGCAGAACCUCCAAACAGCCUCUCUGUUUGUUUUGGGAUCCUUCAAACCUCCCUUGCACUAACACAAGGAAAUGAAGUGGUUGAGAUCUCACCAGACAUGACAGAGAUGGGUAUUGAGAGUAGCUCAUCUGAUGUCAGAGUGCCUCAAAUAGACAACGGACCUGGGUUUAAAAGCCCAGUACUAAACUCUCCUUCAAACAUUACACAUGUCUCAGAUCCACAGGCAAAAACUCACACAUCCAUGACUUGUAGGGACAGUAAUGUCACAUAUCUUGGAGAUGAGAUUCAGACUACUUAUUUUCAACAUUCAGAAGGUUUCAAACCUGGUCAACAAGCAUUGAUUGAAGGGAUCCAGACAUCCCCUAAAACAGAUCUUGUCAACGUUGUCAUUAUGGAAGAUGCAGUGUCUAAAUGCCACAUUUCCUCAGCUUCAGAAACAGAAGGCCACACCCCCUCUUCCUCACGGUCCCAAGGCAAAGCCCCCACGCCUUCACAAUCUGAAGGCAAAGCCGCAGAAGGCAAAGCCGCAGAAGGCAAAGCCGCAGAAGGCAAAGCCGCAGAAGGCAAAGCCGCAGAAGGCAAAGCCGCAGAAGGCAAAGCCGCAGAAGGCAAAGCCGCAGAAGGCAAAGCCGCAGAAGGCAAAGCCGCAGAAGGCAAAGCCGCAGAAGGCAAAGCCGCAGAAGGCUCGGCUCCACAGGCGGAAGGCCCGGCUCCACAGGCGGAAGGCCCGCCCCCCACGGCUCCACGGUCUGAAGGCCCGGCUCCACAGGCGGAAGGCCCGCCCCCCACGGCUCCACGGUCUGAAGGCCCGGCUCCACAGGCGGAAGGCCCGCCCCCCACGGCUCCACGGUCUGAAGGCCCGGCUCCACAGGCGGAAGGCCCGCCCCCCACGGCUCCACGGUCUGAAGGCCCGGCCCCCACGUCUCCACGGUCUGAAGGCCCGUCUCCACAGGCGGAAGGCCCGCCCCCCACGGCCCCACAGGCGGAAGGCCUGGCCCCCACAGCUCCACCUGCAGGAGCUGAGCAACCCCCAGCCAUACCUGUGGUCAAGCCCACUGCAGCUUCUGGGAACAGUCAUAUAUGGUUAGGGAAGGUUCGUUCUGAAAUGGGUCCUCCUCUACCAGCUCUUCUGAUGCCUCUCACCGUAACUCCUCCAAGGACAGUAAAACCUGCCAAUCAUGGACAAACCAUUGGGAAACUAUCAUGUCCCUCACCAAUGGACGGCACCGUUUCCACCCUGGGUUCCCAGACAGCGUCCGAUUGCAAAAAGCUUCGCUCCCUGUCUCUUAACACCCCUCCUCCGGCAUCGAGGGUCCCCUCCUCUCCGCUCCUGUUUGGGUCAGCCACCCCUAAACACGCUGUUCCCGUUCCAGGCAGACUCCCUGCCUUUAGCGCCUCCUCUUCGUCCUCCAGCCCCGCCCAGGAGAAUUCCAUGAGGGUUCUAGACAGCAUGUACCCAGAACUCUCCGCCCGUGCCAGAACUCUGAGUAUCCUCCGAGGGAACCUUGGUGUGUCUGCGGCCGAGGCGGGGUCUACGUCGGUCAGUCCAGCAUCCGGGUUUCAAGCGGUCAACCCCUCGUCCACGGCCUUCACCAAAACAGAACAAAGGGGGAAGCGGAGCGGCGCCAACGUGCUGCUACCUCAGGGUGCCAAAAGGCUGAGGCUGGAUAACUGUUCCCUCGGCCCUGGCACGGCAUCAGCCGGCCCAAACCUGGUACCCCGGAUACCUCAACAUGGAAAUGCUUCACAGGGGGAGAGACCGUCUGGGAAUCCAGCAGGCAAAGCAUCUAUAUCCCAGGCCUUUGAGAAGAUCUCAGCCCAGUGUUUUGACCUGCUGCCUGUUAUCAGGGGUAACCUGCACGUCGGGAACCUGUCUAGGAAACCCAUAUUGCGUGAUGAGGAGAAGGAGGUCAUCUCUGAGUUUGAAAACAAUCAGUCCACAGGAGAUGAUCUGAUGGCAGCCAUCCUGGGCAAGUUAAAAUCUGAGAGGAGCGUCCUGAGCGGGUCUGACCUCCAGGCUCUGGUUCGAGUCUACACUGCUCUGUGCCGAAGGAGGAGGGAUUGGAACCAUGCACACAUCCUGGCCUGCAGCCUCCUCCAAGAAGAGUUCCCUGAGUCAGUCAAGCUGAUUCUGUUCAUGGUCACCACGUGGCCCAGUGUGUUCUCCUGUCGCACUCUGGUGUGCCAGGCCAUCCACACAGUCACCAAGCUCAAAGCUCAAGGAGAGGUGCUCCACUGCCUGACAGCCUACCUGGGCUGGGAGCAGUGUCCUCCUGGCGACCUGGAUCAGCUGGUCUCCAGCACGUUGACGUGCAUCAGAGCUGCAACUGAGAUGAGCUUCCAGAAACACCCGCGACAGGGACAAGACCUGAACCCCGUCGCCUGGCAAUAUGUCUUCACCCUGGAGCUUCUCUGCUCCCACACACAGUGGAUGUGGAUCCAUGAGAACCUACUCAGUAAGGAGCUGUGGCCUUUGAUGAACUCUUGGGUGACCCAGCCCCGAACCAGACAGACACCCAUCAAGGAUGUAACUGUGGCUGCAGUCCUCAGACUCAUAGGGCGCCUUGGACAGCUUGGAUUGAGGGAGAGAUGUGUCUCUUCUGUAAAGAACAUCGCCGGGGUCAUCAACACGUUCACCAGACAUGGACAGUCAGAAGGUGUUCCCUGGGAGGUUCAGCUGGCAGCGGUCUACACAGUCUACGACCUGUCACCGAGUGACCCUAGAGAGGCCCUGGCAGCGCUGGCGUCAUGGCGAGGAGAGACCACGCAACCUGUCCCCCCCGCUGUCACCAGCUGCAUUACCCAGAUUGCCUCACUAUGCCGACACCAAACCAAAUGCUAACCCCUAACCCCUGUACUCUAACCCCCAUACAGUAAUCCCUAGACCUUACCAGAUUUAUUUUAAACUAGUCUCUACUUCCUAAACCCCAAUCCCUAUUUUCUUUAUCCUCCCUAGGUCCUAACUAUAGUACCUAACUGGGUGUCCCUAACCCCCUAGCUUCUAUUUUCUAUGCAGUACAUCGAAAAGGAUGUCAUACAAAAUGCUAAAGAAUCUCCUGUUUCCUUUUUACAACAAUGUAUGGUAGCCUCCAUAUUCCUGUUUCAUCUUUUGGACUGAACUCCUAUGAAUGUCUUCACAGUCAUUAUUUAUAACUGUUGCCCGCUGCAGGGGAAGGCUUGGUAGUUUCCGUUAUGUUGGCCACACCUCUUUGACAUUAUACUGGCAACUUCCCGUCUGGUAAUUGUUUUCUUUGUAUAAAUAACGAAAUUGUAAAUACGAUGUUCAGAUCAUAGAUUAAGUUUAAUGUGUACAGACUAUUGUUCUUGUUCUACUUUUGUUAAAUGUUUUGUAAAAAUUUAACUGUUACAGAGCCUAUUUAUAUUUAAUUUUACACAUUAAAAUUUAAGCAUUAAAUGUUGUUUUAAAUUGAUAAUAUAUUUCUGAUUUUUAAUGCUUUAUUUUCUACACUGACCAUCCACAUCCUGACACUCUUUUGUCUUGGCCAUGUUUGGUCAAAGCAAUGAAUGAGGAUAUUGGAGGCAUAGUAUUUAGGAAUUGAAACUUGUGGUAUGAGUAGAAAACUGUUCCUAUGUAGAAUACAAUGCUUCGCAAAAAGUAUGAAAUGUGUCCCCCACAAUAUUAUAGUCCCACGCCUUGACUUAUUUGUAAUCAAGUUCACAAUUCAUCCAUUAAAUCGCUGCCAGGUAUUUAUACCAGUAAGCAUUAAAACGCUUAUUCCAUUUUUAUAAUUUGCAUCUACCAAUCCUGUUUUCUGUUAAAAAGGAAGUAAAAGCAGCUGGGGGUCGCCAUUUAACAAACUAUUAUCAGGUAAAAUAUAUAUUAAAUUAUUUAUACAAGUUAAAAUUUUCAUAAUUAUUCCUUUUGACUGUUGAUGCUAUUCCGUCAGUUGAAUUAAAUUUCAGUUCUCUUGGUGUCAAACUUGAUUAGAUUCUCCAUGGGCUCUAUUUGACAUCUGUACUCCAGGACAACCAGUCAUGUGAGUGGUUCAUUCAGUCAUAAAAUGUGUUGUUUUUCUUCCUUGGUGUAC